UUGAAACCAAGCAACAAAUCCUUGCUGUUCGCCCAGAGGGGAUUCGCAGAUAUGCCAGUUUUACAAUCCAAGACUGCCGGAGCAGGCGACGCUCCCAAGCAGUUCAAUCAGCCGUCGCGGAAGGGCAAGAAGGCAUGGAGGAAAAACGUGGAUGUUACUGAAGUUCAAGAGGGACUCGAGGAGUUGAACAAGGAGAUCAUUCGAGGCGGUGUUAUCAAGGAGAAGGCGUCCGAAGACCUGUUCACUCUCGACACGACCGGCGACUCGCAGCUGCCCAAGAAAUUCAACAAGCACAUCAAGAAGGGUCUCAAGGCUGACGAGAUCAUCAACGCCCGCUCCGCUGUUCCCGCUGUUUCCAUGCGCAAGCGACCCGGUGACAAGACCACCAAUGGACUCAUCCCUGCGAAGCGCCAGAAGACCAACUGGGUAUCCCACAAGGAGCUCGCUCGGCUCAAGCGGGUUGCCGAUGGAGAGCACGAGAACACCAUACAAAUCAAGGACGCCACCUACGAUCUUUGGGAUAUGCCGGCGGCUCCCAAGGAGACAAACGUCGAUGAUUUCUUGGAAGAAGAGGUCAAGGCUAAGGUGCCAAAGUCGAUGAAGCAGGAGCCCCUUUCCCUCCUCAAGAGCGGAAAGCAUGUCCCUGCUGUGCAGAAGCCCUCUGGCGGUUACAGCUACAACCCCAUGUUUACCGACUACGAGGAGCGCCUGGCGCAUGAGAGCGAGAAGGCCCUUGAGGCUGAGCGCAAGCGCCUAGAGGAGGAGGAGGCUGAGCGAUUGAAGCAGGUGGCCGCGGCCCGGUCAGCAGCUGAAGCAGAGGCUGCAGAGGCGCGGGCUAACCUUUCAGAAUGGGAGGAAGAUUCUGAGUGGGAGGGAUUCCAGAGCGGUGCCGAGGACGACAAGGUGUCCGCCAAGCGACCCCAGAGGAAGACACAAGCACAGCGCAACCGUAUCAAGCGUCGGAAGGAGGAGGAGCGCCUAGCGAAGCACAAAGCCGCUAUCAAAGCCCAGCGCCGCCAAGAGCACCGCAUUAAAGAGAUCGCCGAGGAGAUUGACGAGAAUGACCGCAACAAGGCCCUUGUCCUUGCCGAAGCCGCCAACGACUCGGACGAUUCGGUCAGCGAGCUCCGCGACGAAAAGCUGCGCCGCAAGCAGCUCGGCAAGUACAAGCUCCCUGAGCGAGACCUUGAGCUGGUUCUCCCCGACGAGCUGCAGGAGUCUCUGCGGCUGCUCAAGCCCGAGGGCAACCUUCUCCGAGACCGAUACAGAAGCAUGCUGGUGCGCGGCAAGGUCGAGAGCAGGAGGCAUAUUCCGUUCAAGAAGCAGGCCAAGCGCAAGUACACCGAGAAGUGGACGUACAAGGACUUUAUGAUAUAG